UUGGAAAAAUAAUGGCAGAUGCGAGAGGGAAUACGUCACAGCAGGUGUUGGAGCGAGAGGGCGCAGAUGUUGCUGUAGCGACGAGGGCGAAGCCGAUCUUAACGAGUGGAUGCAACGUCGACGACUCUGCAGUUUUUUUGCAUCGAAGAUCGCAAGUAUCGCAUCCAGACGUUUGGUAGUGAAGCGGGAGAUAAUAGUCGAAGGCGGGUAGAUGUUGGAGACGUCGUUGGGUGGAUAGUCAGUCGGGUCGACCAUUACUGCCGUAGCUGCGUUGGAUGAGAGCAUGCGUCGACAUCUCUGCGGAUGGUGAGGAAGGGAAUUUUCUUCCAACAUGGCGACAUCUGAAAAGAAGUAGUGCUAAGGACAAAAGGUGGUCUGAUAUCGGUAUGUGGGAGGUCCCUGCCCCAUGGGACGAUAGAUCGACAAGCGUUGGUGGUCUCGUUGGGGUAGUUUGGGGCUCAUUGAUCUCACAUUUUCACACGUACCGGGGAGUUGGGGUGAAGGGUGACGACGCUGCCCGCCUCGACCGGGUGGCCGUCCGGGGGUGCUAGCUCCCAACGCCGGACCCUCCCGGAGGCGGGCGGCCGGCCAUGUACACCCCUCUUCCUGCUCUGGUGAUCGGGUCACAUCACAAGGAGUAUGAUGACUCCGAAUGUUCGUCGCUGCUAACGAUUUCUCUUCCAUUUCUCUUUUUUCAUCUCUCAAUGAACUAUGUCAUUGGUUUGUAAGUAUGGGAUUGGCACUUCAACAGUGGUCAAGCCAUACCGGGAUGUGUUACAAAGAUGGCGGAAAUGUUUAGCAUCGCUCUUGUUUUUCGCCAUAGUGAUUAUGGACAAUGUGGCCGCUUCCACUAUCGUCGGGCUGUCACACGUCUUCACGCCACAGUUCCGCAAUCCGUGGAUUCCUUUUCCAUUGACGUAUCAGUUUAGUCACGUUUGUAAAUCACAGUUCCAGGUUCCCAGUGUCGCUAUGACGUCUUGUGCUCACGACUGGAAAACCUACCUGCGGCGCUUUGUCCCGCUUCACCAGUGCCUUCACAUAAACGAUGAGCUUGUAAACAGUCUGAUGUGCGGAGGAUGGCAAAAUGAUAAUCUUCAUUCCAUUCAUUUACGUUUCUGUGCUCACUACUCGUUAGCACAUGUGUUCUACGGCAACAUGACCGACGAAACGUGUGAUGAUCUGAAAAAGUUGCAAGAAAUGGACCAUGCCGCUUACGUCAUGCUUUGCCAAUUCGAUUCCUUGUUGGCCAGGUACGAUUGUCAAAGUACGUAUUCUGUACAGUGGGAUUGUGUACAGUGCAAGAAAGCAUACAAAGAAUGGAUAUGCUCCAUGUUAAUUCCUUUCCAAAACGGAGGAAAGCCGUUGAAACCUUGUCGCAGCUAUUGCCAUUUGGUGGAGCAGCGAUGCCCGUAUUUCCACCCAAGAGUCAAAGAACAGUAUGCUGGAGAACCUGUAUUCAAAUGUAUAGAUCCCAAUAUACCCGACUAUCCUAGUAUAACGCCCAAUUCGUUGUAUGGACAGCCCGAGCAGUGUUAUGGCCCAGAUAAUUUUGAUAAAGAAGGCGUCGGAGUGUCUUGCGAUGACCAAAACAAAGAAGUGGCUGUAACCAGUGGCGCCACGUCGCUGGAUGCUCGCCUCAUCUUUUACAUCACCGUUCUGUGCAAUUCUGUCCUAUUAUAUUUACUACCUAGUCAGACUUUUACGUCACAGACAGUUAAACCACCUUAGUGCUAUUCUAGCGGUAGACAUCAAGUAACCAAUGGCGAGUCUCCCUUUGGGGGAGGAUCUGAUACAAGCAUGUUGGAAGCAGACAGUCCUUAAUCAAAUUGCGGGACAUCAAAGUCCCUAUGCAAAUUUAUAAAGUGAAGACGGAUGUUACAAGAAGAAAAAUCAAAACUUUCACACAAAAUGUCACCAAUUACAAUUUUUUUUCCCCCUUUUCUAAUUUGAAGUUUAUUUCAGUGCUACUUGUAUGUAUAUGUAUAUAUUCAAGCUGCUAACUUACUAGUUUUUAUUAGAAGUAUAUAAAUUUAAACAGCAGCAAUAACUUAGAUUUGGAGCUUUUUUUUGUCAAAAUUUGAUUAACGUAUAAUAAUUGUUGAAAACAUCGCAGUCCUUGAAAAAAAAAAA